AUGAUUGUGUCCAUGGAACAGUACAGCAUGAUGACAAGGAUCCAUCAUCAGCACACCUCCACCAGUGUUGACGAGUCACAAGCCCUCUGUGGUCCUUGCGCCGAACAGGAGAAUAGCGAGCAUUGGUUCAACUUCGUACAAGAGCUGAGAACCAACCCAUUGAAAGCAUGUAACAUAAAGGCUGCAGGGACAACCAUCAAAACUGUCAAAGCUGGCAGAACCGAAAGAUGUACAUCACAGGGAGAUAUGACAAUUGUCCAUCCCAUGAUUACUGUUCAAGCUGUCACCGUCCCAAAACAAGGCAUUGGUAAAUAUAAAGGGCGUGAUGAGGAGAUUGCUUUUGAUAAUGUUCAGGUAUAUGAUCAAAUGCUACCACAAAGAGGAAUUUGGGGAUACUCUGAUGUAUUGCAAAUUGCCUCAUAA